CCUGACCCAUACGAGUAUGGAUUCCCUCCCGCCAGAAGGGAAUUCGGAGAGGGAUCAUCAGGUUCUGCUCAAGGAGGGGGAGGAGGAGCCUACUAUUCAUCGUAAGGUCAUCAAUUUCAAACCCCGCAUCAAAGCUUCCAGACUCCAAUUCCAAAUGUUUAUUAUGGUCCUCCAGCCACUGCAACCCCACCUCCAUUGCCACGAAAUACUGGAAUUGGAUAUGGAGUUCGUUCAAGGAAUAGACGUCAAAGGGAGGGACGCGGACGUGGUGCACAAGAGUGAGGUGUUCUUUAGAGUUGUUAAGUUGUUCUAUUUCUUUAGAGUUGUUAAUUUGUUCUAUUUCUAAUGACGUUGUUCCGUUGUUCUAUUUCUUUAGAGUUGUUUAGUUGUUCUAUUUCUUUAGAGUUGUUAAGGUAUUCUAUUUCUAAUGACGUUGUUAAUUUGUUCUAUUUCUCAUGCAUUGUUAAGUUGUUCUAUUUCACAACAUAAAGUUCUUAAAUCACAACAUAAAAUUCAAAUUACAACAUAAAGUUGUUAAAUCAGAACAUAAAAUUCAAAUUACAACAUAAAGUUCUUAAAUCACAACAUAAAAUUCAAAUUACAACAUAAAGUUCUUAAAUCACACCAUAAAAUUCAAAUUACAACAUAAAGUUCUUAAAUUACACCAUAAAAUUCAAAAUACAACAUAAAGUUUCAAUUAUCAGUCGAUGGCCCUGGACACUGGCGCCUAUCAUGCCCUUCAACUCGACAUGCAUAGCACUUCUUCGGGCGACCUUUGGUACGCUUCAUGUGCUCGGGAGGGUACACUACAGGUCCAUCAUACUGGGGCCAAUAUGCUUCAUGAGCCAAGGGAAAGAACGACCCUUCCCAAACUCUGACCACGUAUGGAGUCUUGUAGUAUGGACUAACAAAUAUCAAAGGGUCCAAAUUAACGCUUCUCGCAGCUGCAUAUGCAUGAGAGCAAGGCAGGUGUCUCCCUUGAAACCUCCCACAAGUACACUCUCCAAUUCCAUUCUUUGCAUCCAGUAUAACUGUUUGAGCAUUACCACCCUUUGCAGUUGGAAAUCUGUUCUCUGCAAUAAAUCUCACCAUCAUAUUAAUGUCAUCAUCGUCAGACAAAACUGAUCCUUCAUAUACAAGUGCAUAAUCCUUGUAAACCGGUAUACGAUAAGUCAUCUUGCAUACUCUUCGCCCUCCUAUGCAACAUCGUUCCGCACAAAUAUGACUGACUUCUUGCCAAGUAAAUAUGCUCUCAAUCCGGACAAUACUUGAUUCACCAUCUUCGUAGUCAAUACUAUCAUGAAAAAGUGUAAUUCGACCAUUCCACCGAAUCUUCGUAGUCGAAUUUUCGAAAAUUUCUACCCAUUUCUGAAGUUUAUACAAGCAACUCAUUACAUACAGUACAAACAAUACUAAAUUAAUCCAAAAUUCUAAUAUGCUCAUUCAAACAAAGUAAGCAGAACUUACCUCCAAAAUUUUUCUUCUUUGCUCAGCUAUGGUGCUCCAGCAGCUGCAGUUUGUGUUUGGAAGAAAGAAGAUAGAAAGGAAGAGAGCUGCCAGAAUGUGCUAAGUGAUGGCUUUUUAUUAUCGUAAACUGAUGGAGUGGUUUGAGUCCAAAACACUCGAACUACACUAGUUCGAGUUCAUUAAACUCGAUCUAUGUCAACCAAUAAUUCCCCCCCCCCCCUGCACCCUAUUCUAGAGCAUGUCGGACCGAAAGCGACUAGACAGAAUGAUUGAGCAAGUAGUUCAAGUUUAGUGUAAUCGAACUACACUAGUUCGAGUCCCUAAAACUCGAUCUAUGACAACAAAGAAUCUUAUCCCUGCAACCCUAUCCUGAAGCAUGUCGGUGGGCCAGUGGUUCGAGCCCAUUGGAAUCGAUUUAGGUAGUUCGAGUCAUAGGGCAUCGAUCUAGUGCAGAUAAAGAUCGAGUGCAUUAAAGUCGUUGCACUACAUCGAGGUUUUAUGCGUCGAUCUAACUGGAUCGAGUUGUCCAUACUCGAUCUACUUAGAUCGAGUCCUUUGUCAUCGAUCUACAUUGUUCGAGUUCUCCAAAAUCGAACUAAUGUUGAUCGAGUUUUUAAAACUCGAUCCUAUUUUAGUUCGAGUUUUUCAUCGUCGAACUGGUGAGUAGUUCGAGUCCCAUAAACUCGAACCCUUUGAAACUUGGGUAGUUUGGGAAAAUUUUAUAAAACUUAUGUAUUCCGGGAAUUAUGUAUAAUUUUUACUGUAUUCUGGGAAUUCUUCCGGAUCUUGAUAGAUAGUGGCAGAAUGGCUGGUCCGCCAUAACCCGGAGCUUCUCAGAGAUUUCCACGCUCAGAUAGUUAAGGCAAACACAAAAGAAAAUGUUUUCCUUCUUAAAAAUAAAUACUUUGAUUAGCCUUAUUGAUUAUGCUUUAAACCCUCUGUUUCAAUGAUUUUGCUCUUUUAUCUACAUGUCAUGGGAUACUAUAGUUCAGCAAUUGCAGCAGCUUCUGCAUAGGCAAGUUACUUCUCAUUCAGAAAUCGUUAAUGUAUUUUAUUAAUUAAUAUGACCUGUAUGUAUGUCUAAAUUGUCUAAAAUAAACUCUAUUCAAAAGUAUCGUAAUUUUAUUGUUUCAUCACUAACACUAGGUUUGAUAUGGUAGCAGGUGGCGUUUCUUAGCAAGUAGGUGGUCUGUUCGUCAUCCGAACUCUAAUGCGUCACAAGUCACAACCUCGGACCGGACAAGGCUGCAGAGUAGAAAUAAAGCAGGUUAAUGGGCUGAGAAAAAGGAAAAAUGAACAGAGUGUAGUGUAGUGUGGAACGCAUACCUCAUAGAAAGAGUGUGAUUUAGUUCUUCGUAAUUCACGAUCCAAAAAUUAUAGAAUUUAUCGAUCCUCCUUGGCAUUAAACCCAACUUUUGUGGAUAACUAAUUUAAAGUUGUUUAAAAUUGCUGAAAUGAUAACUUUUAUUGGUUAGCUACGAGCAUUUUGUUCUAGAAAUAAUACUGAUACCAUUCUAUAGGUUACUAAAAAUAUAUGUACUAUAAUAAUCCAUGUGCUUUGAGAUCCUCUAUUAAUAACUUGAUAACCAUAUGCAGUCUUCUUUUCCACAAAUCUUAUGGAUGAUAAGACGCUCUUCAUACGAUUUUAAUCUUUGUAUUUUGGUCAAGUAGUGAUUGAAUUUAUCAAACUUUAUGUAAUCAUUUUCUUCUUAAUUAUAGCUAUUUUUUAUUUGCAUUAGCAUUUGAUCUUAUAUAGAACAAUAAAUAGAUGUAUCAAUUAAAUAAUGUCUUUGUGUGUGUAGACGCUCAUAUUCUACGUCACAUCACAUCAUGUAUGGUAUCAAAAUUUUUCAUUGAUUAGUAAUUUUUCAUUUCACUUUAUGUAGUGUUGCGGCCAAUACCUAUGUUUGGCCCAACUUUUAGAAGUGUUUUUCUGUUCCAAAAAUUGAAGUUGAGUCAAACACUUCUACAAGCUCGGUUUUUGAAAAAUUGAAAAGUGUUUUUGCAUAACAUAAAAGCAGAGCUCCGAUUUGAAGCUUCUACGAGAAGUUGUUUUGAAAAUACACUAUUAUCCUUACCAUAUUUAAUUUUAUUUUGAAAACAUAACUUUCUUUAAAUUUAUAUCAUUUUAAAAAAUAAAAUAAAUUACAAUAUAAUAUUAUUAAUAUAUAAGAAAUUUAACAAGAUCCAUUUUGACUACCUUUUAUUUUUUAUAUUCAUAUUUUGUAUAAAAAAUUCUUUUUAGUAAUUUUCCAUAACAUCUUAUAUUAAAAAGCACUUCUAAUAUUAAACGCAUCCUAUUUAAUGUCCUUUACUACUAAGCUUGCCUGAAACAGUAAACCAUCUUCCUUCAUUUUAUAACAAUCAUAUAUUUGUCUUCCCACUACAUCCUAUACAAACAUGGCAUAAUAAAGGUCAUAAUUAUACAAUACAAAUCCACACAUUGUACAACAACCCAUGCAUUUUAUCGCACUCCAGAGUUCAAAAUAUUUAUUAAAUAAAUAAUUACAACAUAAAAACUAAAAAAUCCAAAAUAUUGUUUAACUAUUAUAAUAAUUAAUAAAUAUAAAUGAUAAACGAAACUCAUUCGGCCAACGGGCCGAGUACAAAGCUAGUAAUAAAUAAAAACUAAAUGAGAAAACUUGAAGCCCCAUUUCAAAUUUCCUGCAUGCAGAGUAAAAGUAGGAAUGACAUUUUGGUCUUCACAAUUACUUUUUUUUAUUCAUUAAAACAAUACUUACUAGGAUUCGAACCAUGACCACUUUAAAGAAAAGCAAAGAUCAUAACCAAUCACACUAAGUACAUUUGUUGUAUCUUUUUAAAUUAAAAACAUAUAAUCGCAGAGAGGAAAAAACCCUUCCCCAAUUUCAACUUCCCUGCUCGAGGAGCGUUUGUAGGAAGGGUAGAAUAUGGAGUGUCAAGUUUUUUUCUUUUUCCUCUAUGGAACGGGCCAACUUAUCGUACACAUGAGGAUUUAAACGGGUCCAGGAGUGUCAAUUUUUUUUUCUUUAAGUCCUUUUUUUCUGCGUGGUGGUAAAAUAUAUAUGAACAGGCCAAAACAAUACUCCUUUUUAUUGCUGAAAAGAAAAAAAUUUAACAAUAAACUAAUGCAUGGAUUCUAAUGGGCUAACCACUAAUCAUAAAAUAAAAGUAAAGAAUAAUUAGAGUUUGGCAUGGGUCGGUCAAACAGGUUGAAUUUCAAGUUUUGGCCAACCCAAUUAGUCCAAUUUUUAUCAUUUCAAAUAUAUAUUAUGUAAUUAUUGGAUAUCAUAAUGAUUAAAUUAUAGUGUAUAUUAUGGGGAAUCGUUUGGUAUUUGUUAGUAAAAACUAAAUAGAAAGAUCUAUUUGGUUAUUUUUAACAUUAAAACGAUCCUAAACGUUUUCAGUUUCCUUUCAAAUUUCUAUAGUUUUAUUCCCGAAUCAGUGAUGUGCAAAUGGCGAAUUGCAGUCAUCUUUUUUCUUUCAUUAUUUUUUAUUUUCAAAUAGAAAGUUUAAAAGUAAAGAAUAAUUAGAGUUUGGCAUGGGUCGGUCAAACAUGUUGAAUUUCAAGUUUUGGCCCGUUUUGAUCAAGUCUAAUAUAUAAUCACAUGGUUCCCAGAUACUCGAUAAAAAUCUCAAUCCAAACUAGUUUGGCAGGUGAGUCCGUGUUUACCACCAUUUUCUAGGGAUACAAGAACGGUGGUUCCUAUCCCAGAUCAUGUUGUUCAUUCUUGAUUUCUUUAGAUUUUAUCAUGGCUUGGCAAAAAACCAGAAAGCACAAUGAUGAUAAGAUGAAAGUUUUAUAAAGCAAAUUAAUAGGCCAACGGGCCGAGUAAAAGCUAGCAACGAUUGUGAGAUGCUCAUUUCCCGAAAACCGGCGGGAUAGACGAUUUUUUAUUCGAUUUUCUGGAAUUCGGUUUCUAUAAAACUUACUCCACAUCAUCAUAUUACCAGAAAAUAUUGUUUCGCAAGGUAACAGGUACUUGAUUUUGGUUCAUAAGGCUGAUUUUUGAUUCGUUGCAUCAUUCAUGUCUCUUUCCUACUAAAAUUCACUAUUUUUAUCACGUGUUUCCAAAAAAAAAAAAAUAUACAACAAUAAGCUAUACACCCCAUUACAUUAUCAAAUUUCAUACCUCACCUUCCUCCGGCCAAAUGGCCGAGGCCCAUGCUAGUUAUUAGUACAUCACAAAUUCCGUAACCAGGUUAACCUCCAACAAUAUUUGUGACAAAAUGAUGUAAAUUAUCAAGGAAAAUGCAUUUCAAUAUAUGAUUAUGUUUUGUGUUUGAAUUUGCUUAAAAAAAUGCAAAAAUAAAAAGCAUCUAUUGAUUAUUGAAGAUUCUUGAUGAUAAAAAGUUGAUACCAUCUAUAUUGGAAUACCUAUAAUAUUGGGUCAUUAAGUUUUAUAAAAAAAGAGUUUGAUAUGAGUUAAUAUGUAUCCCCUUGCAUAAGUCCUACUCCUACAUUUUGAAUUUCAACAACAAGCGGUAUAGAAGGCAAAUGUUAGUGAUCUUUUUGUUGGAUGAUCAUUUUAAGUAAUAAAAUAUUUUGAUCUUCUUAUAAUAAUAUUAUAUCAUCGUUAUCUAAAAAAAUAUUUUGACAUUCUUAAUGAUAAAAGCUAGAAAACUACCUUGCUAUCUCCUUUGUAAAAUUGAUAUUAUUGUUUGUUAAUUCGAAUGACAUUAACAUGGAUGAAUUCCCAAAAAACACAUGUUUUUAAAAUAAAUUCUCAAAAUACACACGUUAUUAAAAAAUUCCCAAAAUACACAUAUUUGGCCAUUAUCGCUAUUGUCAACCGCAGUGAAUGCAUUCACCGCGGCAGACCAAAGCGGUGAAUGCAUCACCGCGGUUGACGGCCGCGGUGAAUGUCUGACUAAACACUGAAACUUCAAACAAACAUAACUUUGCGCUCUGUUAUCUGAUGGUAGCGAAUUUUUUUUUUUUUUUUUGAUUCCAUAUAAAUUUUCAAGAUCUUUCAAUCUGCAACAAGACUACAUCUAAAAAAAAUGUCGUUUGUUACCGCAAACGAGCAAUUUUUCGAUUUUUCAAAAUUUUGGAAGGACAUAACGUUUAGAUCCUCAAUUCGAACGUCGUAAAGUUUUUUUGAUUGCGCAUAACUUUUUAAGAACUACAACUUUGAUUAGGAAAUAAUUUUUUAAAAAAGAAGUAUUUUUGGGUAUACGAAAUUUUGCGAAUAACUUUGCCUUUACUUUUCACAAAUCCACAUGCUUUCCAAAAUUAUGGUUAUAAUAAAAGUUAUAGUAAUUCAAAAGUUAUGCAAAAUCAAAAAAAGUUUCACGAUAUUCGGAUUGUGGAGCACAAAGUUAUAAUCUAUCAAAGUUUGUCAAAAUUGAAAAAUUGCUCGUUCGGGGUAGCAAAUGAUUUUUUUUGGAUGAAGUCUUAUCUCAGAUUGAAAGAUCUUGAAAAGUUAUGUGGAAUAAAAAAAAAUCGCUACAAUCGGAUAACCGAGCGCAAAGUUAUGUUUGUUUGAAGUUUCAGUGUUACGUUAGGCAUUCACCGCGGCCGUCAACCGCGGUGAUGCAUUCACCGCUUUGGUUUGCCGCAGUGAAUGCAUUCACUGCGGUUGACAACAGCGGUGAUGCCCAAACAUGUGUAUUUUGGGAAAAUUUUUAUAACGUGUGUAUUUUGAGAAUUUUUUUUUAAAAACAUGUGUAUUUUGGGAUUUUUUUCCCAUUAACAUAUAAUAAUGACAAGAAUAUAAGAAAAAAGAAGAUUAUUGAAAUUUAAAUCUUGAAGCUUUGUUAAUUACUAUUAUCAUAUUGCAACCGGCAAACUGGACAGAUACAUACUAGUGUUCAAAUGUCAAGUUGGAGAGAAUUAAUAUAGCGUGAACCGAAACUUUGCUGAACCAGUAGAGACAGGUGGAGUUGUGACAGCCGCACCAAGUUUUGUUGUUGGUGGAUUGGGCCUGAAGUUGAAUAGAAUGGGCCGGACGUAUCAGGAUCACGAGUUUAUGCAAUUAUGCUUGUGUUUGGAUCUCCCUAUCCAUGAUUUGGGCCAAUACUACGAUGCCGCGAUUAAAAGUGUGGCAUGGGUGCCGCUGCUUUUAAUUGGUGCACGUGGCAGGGUAUUUUUACGUGGCAAUAGUGGUUAAUUCCCAUCGCAGAACCCAUCGUCCAAACCGGAUCAUCCCUUGAGCCAAGGACUCUUCGUGUUUCAUUUUCUUCUCCUCAGGCGGUUAGUUUUUAUCUUUUCCCAUUAAAAUUUAAAUUCUUUUAAGUUUUAUUUGUUUUUGCCCCAGGAGAAAGUAAGACACCUCUCACCAAAAAAAUAAAUAAAUAAUAAGACAGAAGUUCUGUCACAGAACCAUAAGCAAAUCUUGUCGUCUUCCUCCUUCCCUCUCCGUCUAACUGUCAAAGCAACAAAAGGAUCCGGCGAAGUUCUCAGUCGUCGACCCAUCUCCUUUACAGUCUCUACCGCUCCGCAUCCGUCAAACUGCUUCGCCGCCACCGGAUCCACACGACCCUCUACAUUGAUCCCCUCGGUCUGUCCCUCCCUCUUGUAAGUGUCGAAAUCCAAAGCCGAAGUUCGUUGAUUGGAGGUGAAUAGCUACAUAUCCCAACGGAUUCAAAAUACUUUCAGGUCAUUGCUUUCUCCUGUCGGUCCUCUGUCUAUCCGCUCUCCCCUCCGUUUGAUGUCUAUUUAUAGGGAAGGAGAAGGCUAGCAAUUCGGUCUUCUUAUGGUGAAAAAACCAUUUACAAUUGCAGCUAGAUGCCGCAAGCAUGAAAGCUGACGAAACUAUUCUAUAAAGGAAGCUAGCACAUGGUUUCAGAGAUGAAAGGUAUUGGAAGAAUUAAAGGAGAUGGAAAGAAUUGGAUGGGUUGCCCUGCUCAAUGGCAGGUUGCCAGCUGAUUGACAAAGCAUGUGAUAGUAUUUGAUUAUUAUUUAGCUAGUUUGGUUCACUUGAGUGGGAUUGGCGAAUGAAGAGCCCUUUCCAUGGAUUUAUGGAUGAGUAUGUGCACUGUGAGAGCUGAAAAUUGUAGCUUAACUUUGUUGGCUUAGUCUUAAUGAUUCCAUAUUCGAUUUCUGAAAGUUUCAAUGAGUAAUUUCCUCCCACGUUUCUACUUUGAUUUAUGUACGUGUUGCAGGUACUUCAAAGGCAGGUUCCUAGAACAUUUUGUAUAAUUUAUGGCAAGCGUAUAUGUUGUAUGUUUGAGUGAUAUCUCUGUCAACUUUUCCAGAUUCUAUCUUUGAAUAAAUGCGCUACGACUCU